GAUUUUGAGUGGUUGUUCAAAGAGCUACCCACCUUCUCAAUAAACUCAAAAGACCCUAAAACCAAAAGAAAGCAUUAAAUCAAAAUCAAUAAUAAAGCAGGAGGGUCUCUCAGGUCAAAGGGUUUGUUUGGUUGAAUUUUUGUUUGUGAAGGUGAUGGCGUCGAAACGGAUCCUGAAGGAGCUGAAGGACCUCCAGAAAGAUCCUCCUACUUCGUGCAGCGCUGGCCCAGUUGCAGAAGACAUGUUCCACUGGCAGGCAACAAUAAUGGGUCCUGCUGACAGUCCUUAUGCAGGUGGAGUGUUUCUUGUCACUAUCCAUUUUCCUCCAGACUAUCCUUUUAAGCCACCAAAGGUUGCAUUCAGGACAAAGGUGUUUCACCCUAAUAUCAACAGCAACGGUAGCAUUUGCCUUGACAUAUUGAAAGAACAGUGGAGCCCUGCCCUGACCAUAUCCAAGGUGUUGCUCUCGAUCUGUUCACUGUUGACAGACCCAAACCCUGAUGACCCUUUGGUCCCGGAGAUUGCCCAUAUGUACAAGACUGACAAGAACAAGUAUGAGACCACCGCAAGGAGCUGGACUCAGAAGUAUGCUAUGGGUUAGUCUAGGCGAUGCUAGGGCCGUGUGAAGGAGGGCUUCUUUUCCUGUGGCAGUAUGAUCAUUUGAUCAGAUGUAUGAAUGGAUGUGUGUUCUGUUCCUUACAUAAGCGGACCAAAAGGGAGAGUUUACUGCCCUCGGAACACUAUAUUGCUUUCGAAUUGUUUGUUAUGCAAAAGUUUAUAUAUGAGACUCUGAAACCA